AUUUUCCCUAUAAAUACCCUCACAUUCUCUUCGUCGUUGUUCGCUCUCUUAAGCAAAAGAAAACAAACAGUAAACGGUCUGUGUGUGUGUGUGAGAGAGAGAGAGAGUUUACUGCGCCGAUCGCCGGUGACUCUUCUUACUUACAGGUGAAGAUUAAUUAAGCUGCAAUGUCUCCUCCAUCUUCAAGUCCUCAUGAAAUUGAAAAUGAAUACUGGACAGAUGAAGGCAUCUGUAUGUCAUUGUUAAAUUUCAAAAACGGAAAAUCUCUACCUUCGAAUGUAGAAUCUGAAAUAAAUCCUUACAAGUAUCGUCCCCAAGAUCUACCUGGUGACUUGUGGUACUUUUGUCCAGUUGUGAAAACUGAAUCAGAGUUCGGAUUCUGGGUAGAAACAGGGGAACCAUGCGAGAUACUCUCUAAUUCCGCCAUUUGUGGUUUCAGAACUACGUUCAGGUUUUACGAAGGGAAGACCCCACAUGAACGAAAGACUGAUUGGGUGAUGCAAGAGUACAAAAUCAAUGUAAACGAUCAAAAAGCACUAAGCAGAAUAUUUUUUGCAGUUGAAAACUCGUCGGAUAUGGAAUGUAUUUUGACCGGAGACUUUUUUGAGUUGAACGAUCUUGUUGAUGAUCCAGAUGAUGACGAAAAUAUGAAACAUUCAAGUAUCAAAUUCAAUCUUUCUGCAACUAUAAACUCAAAGCUAGUCAUAUGUCCCAACACUACAGUAUUUGUUGAUAGUGUCUGUUAAAAGCGAGACAUGCGAAGCAAAAGAGGAGGAUAUGAACAAAAGUACUUCAAAUGGUGUUAUAAAGACAAGUACAAAAUCUUCGAGUAGUUGUUAUGAAGUUAUGUUUGAAGAGGACAAGAAGGAGAGUGUUAGUAAGAAGAAAGGACGUAAAAUGAUGAAGUACUUAUGUUUUUUGGCAUUUUGAGCUUUGAGGUGUUGUUAGGAGGUCGAGUAAAUUAAUGUUUUAUUCUUUAAAACAAGACACCAUGACAUGAGGGAUGACGGUUUUGAUAUGAUGUUAAGAAGAGGAGAGAAGGGUAGCAUGAUUUACAUGCGUUGUAAAAUAAAUUGUAAAUAAUGUUUCGUGUGCUAAUUCUCACUUUAGAGAUUGUAAUGACAUUUUUAUCUUAUAUAUAGCACUUAUAUGCUUUAAUUAAUAUAUUCGAAUUCAAC